AUGUCAGGUGGUAAAGGUAAAGCUGGUUCUUCUGAAAAGGCCUCAACUUCUAGAUCAGCCAAGGCUGGAUUGACUUUCCCUGUUGGUAGAGUCCACAGACUAUUAAGAAAGGGAAACUAUGCACAAAGAGUUGGUUCUGGUGCUCCAGUUUAUUUGACUUCUGUCUUGGAAUAUUUGGCUGCUGAAAUCUUGGAAUUGGCCGGUAACGCUGCCAGAGACAACAAGAAAUCUAGAAUCAUUCCAAGACAUUUGCAAUUAGCCAUCAGAAAUGACGAGGAAUUGAACAAAUUGUUGGGACACGUAACCAUAGCACAAGGUGGUGUCUUGCCAAACAUCCACCAGAACUUAUUGCCAAAGAAGUCCGGAAAGUCUGCUAAGGCAUCUCAAGAAUUAUAA